AUGGUGAUUCAAAUAUACCUGGUAGGAGCGUGUCUUAGAACCCGUCGUGGACGAAUGCUGACCCGGCAGCCAUCUAUUACGACAUUUGGGGAUGGUGUUGCGAGACUUGCACCGUAUCAUUGGGGUCCCUUCGGUUUGAGUGCUUCCUACGCCUUUGUAGACCAUGGUGAAGUUGAACUUGAAAAGUUUCUCAAAUCUCAACUUUUCCGCAUCUGCAGUGAUUGUGAGCUUCGCCUCUUCAGUGCUUCACCUUUCAUCAGCUGCAGUGCUUCUACUCUUCUUCUUCUACUUCUUGACCUCACCGGAAACCGAUUCACCGAAAAAAAUAUGAGCAAGCCAAGAACAAUUGAUUCUUUUUUUAAAAAGAAAAAUGUGGAUAAUUCGGAGAGUAAUAUACAUUUAGAGAGCUCGGUAACUUCAGAACGUGAUGCUUCUAUCACUGACGAGCGUCCCUCUAAAAUUUCAAGAAUCCAACCUGAAGAGAUGGAUGCUACCUCUUUGGAACGUGAUCCAGGAUUACGUCCACAAAUAUGGGAAUUUCUUACUAACCUACAAGAUGAGAUCCGACGUGCCUAUCUUAAAGCUGGUCCAUAUCAACCUAAGCUUUCAGAAUAUCCAUUUUCAGGAAUAGGCAAUCAACGUCGUCGAUUUCAAUUUUCUUGGUUUCAAAGAUAUUCAAAUUGGUUGGAGUACUCACCAUCGAAGAAUGCUAUAUUUUGUCUUCCAUGUUACAUUUUUGCUAAGAAAUCAACAGGCCGUCCAGGAUCAGAUGCAUUUACCAUUAAAGGUUUUGACAAUUGGAAAAAAAUGAAUGAUGGAAUGAAUUGUCCUUUAAUAGGACAUGUGGGAAAAGAUCCAAAUUCACCACAUAAAAAUGCUGUAAAAUGUUGUGAGGAUCUAAUGAAUCAGUCAAGACAUAUUGAUAAGUUAGUUGAAAAACAAGUAUCACAAGAUAUGGAGAAUAAUCAGUUGCAGCUCAAAACUUCGAUAGAAAGUGUUCGAUGGCUUACGUUCCAAGCUUGUGCCUUUAGAGGUCAUGAUGAAAGCUCUGACUCAAAAAAUCAAGGUAACUUUAUUGAACUGAUAAAACUUUUGGCAAGUUAUAAUGAUCAAGUUAAUGAAGUUGUCCUGGAAAAUGCUCCACAGAAUGCCAAAUAUACAUCACCCAAAAUUCAAAGGGAAAUUUUGCAUAUAUUUGCAAAUAAAGUACGGAAUGUGAUUCGCGAAAAAAUCGGGAAUGCCAAAUUUUGUAUUCUUGUUGACGAAGCUCGGGAUGAGUCUAAAAGAGAACAAAUGGCUAUCAUUUUGAGGUUUGUUGAUAAAGAUGGUUUUAUUAGAGAGCGAUUUUUUCAUAUUGUGCAUGUCAAAGAUACUAUGGCACUAACUCUAAAAAAUGAGAUAUGUGCUCUUCUUUCUCAUUACGACCUUCAAAUUGAGAAUAUUCGAGGUCAGGGAUAUGAUGGAGGAAGUAAUAUGCGCGGUGAAUGGAAUGGAUUACAAGCUUUAUUUCUUAAAGAUUGUCCCUAUGCAUAUUAUGUGCAUUGUUGGGCUCAUAAACUACAAUUAGCUUUAGUUGCAGCCUCUAGAGAAGCCAAACAUGUUCAUCAGUUCUUCGUCCAUUUGACAUCCAUUAUCAAUAUUGUUGUUGGUUCUUCUAAACGUCAUGAUGAAUUACAAUCUGCUCAAGCUGCUGAAAUUGAAAGUUUGAUUGCUUCCAAUGAGAUUGAGACUGGAAAAGGGGCAAAUCAAAUUGGUACGCUACAACGAGCUGGAGAUACUAGAUGGAGAUCUCAUUUUCAAUCUAUUUGUAGCUUGAUGAGGAUGUUCAGUGCUACUUGCUCAGUUAUCAAUACUAUCUCAAAUGAGGGAUCAAAUUAUUCUCAACGUGGUGAUGCUGAAGCAGCUUACAUGCAUUAUGAGCUUGAUGUGCUGACGCAUCUAGAUUUUCAAGAUAUGUCUACAUUAUCUGAGCUAUGCAGAGGACUAGCAAUUUCAGAAAAGUCAAAGAUUUAUUAUUUGAUUGACAGGUUAAUUCGUCUAGUAUUAACUCUUCCUGUUUCUACUGCUACUACUGAGCAAGCAUUUUCUGCCAUGAAACUUAUAAAAACUAGAUUGCGUACUCGAAUGGAAGAUGAGUUUCUUGCAGAUCAUUUGCUAGUUUAUAUUGAGAAAGAAAUUGCUAAGAAUUUCACUUCGGAGAUGAUAAUGAAUGAAUUUUAUUCCAUGAAAGAUCGUCGUCGAGCUUAA